GUUUUUGUUGUGCUGCAUGUGCGCAAUUUUUUGUGAAAUUUUAAUUUUUUAAAUAUCGUCGCAAUUCUCAUAACUUGUGAUAACUAUGACAAUGUGAAAGACAAUAGAACGCAGAACUCGUUCAGCCGAUGUAACAACUAGCUUAAGAUUAAGUGCAAUACAUACGUAUAUAAUCAUUUCUCAUUUAAUGUAAGGACAACGGUUUCGCUUCGUUAUAAAUAAACAGAAACGCUUCUUUUUAUAGAACAUCACCAUGGACACUGAUUUGAAUGAGAUGCACUACCAUUACAAGGAUAUAUUGUCCGUGUUUCUGGACGCGUUCAUCGAGGACUUUGACUGCAAGGAUGUGGAGGACUCGCUGCGCUCGAUACUAACCAAAAGGGAAAUCGAUUUCAUCAUCUCGUCGAACCAAACGAAUGUCAGCAUUUACCUUUUGUUUUGGAAGCUGCUCGAGAAGCCCGAGAGCAUCGUUCAGCGGUUCGUCGAGGAGGUGCUCAAUUACCGCGACGGUGCCAACUAUGAUUUCCUGAUGACGCCCAUCAAGGCCGAGUAUUUGCAGCCGAGCACCAACACCAGGCUGUACGUGGAGCAGCGGGAUCGCUUGUUCAAUGACAAUCAAGCCUUCUCCAAGUACAAUGUGCCACGCCUGAAACCGUAUCUAGCCUUGACCAAGGCCCUGCUGGAGUUGAGGCCCGCCAAGAAUGUUUUAGUGGAUGGCCCCUUGGGUGCCGGCAAGCAGUGGCUUGUGCUCGACGUUUGCUCCUCGUACAAAGUGCAGCAGAAGAUGGACUUUAAGAUAUUCUGGCUGAACGUGAAGAGCUGCAACAGCCCCGAAACAGACCUGGAAAUGCUCCUCACACUGCUCUACCAAAUCGAACCGAAUUGGAGUGGUCGCUGCGACUCGGGCAGCUGGAACAUCAUGCAGCGCAUUGAUAGCGUGAAAGUCGAACUGCGACGGUUGCUCAAGAGCAAACCGUACGAGAAUUGUCUGCUGGUGCUGCGCAAUGUGCAGAGCGUGCGCACCUGGAAAGCUUUCAAUCUCGGCUGCAAGAUUCUGCUGACCACGCGGUACAAGGUCGUCACCGAUUACCUGUCGGCGGCGACCACCAAGCAUGUGCCGCUGAAGGAUGCGCUCACGGAGCACGAGGCCGAGUCGCUAAUUGUCAAAUAUCUCCACUGCAGGCCAGAGGAUUUGCCCAGAGAAGUGCUGACGACAAAUCCACGCAGCCUGAGCAUCAUUGCAGAGAGCAUACGCGACGGCCUAGCCACAUGGGAAAAUUGGAGAGACGUAAACUGCAACAAACUCACGAGCAUUAUUGAGAGUUCGCUGAAGGUGCUGGAGCCGGUCAUAAAUAUAAAUAUGUUCGAUAAGCUGUUUAUAUUCCCACCAUCAGCGCACAUACCCAUACAUCUCCUAUCUCUGGUUUGGUCUGACGAUAAAUCAGAUAGCGAUGAUCCAAUGGUGGUAGUGAAUAAGCUGCACAGAUACUCCUUGGUGGAGAAGCAAUCCCAGCAGUCGACCAUAAGUAUACCCGCCAUAUACUUGGAGCUGAAACUGGAGGUGGACAAUGCUGCGGCACUUCAUCGGCGCAUUGUUGAUUAUUACAACAUCACAAAGGCCUUUGACGAUGAUGAUGACCUGACGGUGCCCUUUCUGGAUGGAUAUUUCUAUUGCCACAUUGGCCAUCAUUUGACCAAAUUGCAGCACGCCGAGAGUGUGGCUCUGUUCCGCAAAAUAUUUCUCGAUUUUCGGUUUCUUGAGCAAAAGAUACGACACGAUACGACAGCGUGGAAUGCCAGCGGUUCGAUACUCAACACGUUGCAGCAGUUGAAAUUCUACAGCUCCUACAUUAUCGACAAUGAUCCGAAGUUUAGGCGCCUGCUGAAUGCGCUACUGGAUUUCCUGCCAAAGAUUGAGGAGAGCCUCAUACGUUCCAAGUUUACGCGGCUGCUGCGCAUCGCUCUGAUGGCCGAAGAAGAGGCCAUUUACGAGGAGGCCUACCGGCAGGUGCAGCGUUUCGGCGAUCAAGUUUGGUUCACAGAGCACGGUCGCUUUCACCAGCAUCGGCAGAUCAUCAACCUGGGCCAGAAUGAGGUGCGACACGCGCUGUACCUGAACAAUGACUUCUGCCUGAUGGCGCUGGCCAGCAAUCAAAUGCUGCUGACGGACGUCUCGCUGGAGGCGGAGGACACGUAUCUGCUGAAGGAUGACAACGACAGCAGCGACAUCCUGAAAAUGGCCGUGUUCAAUCAGCAGAAGCAUCUGCUCACGCUCCACAGCAAUGGCAGCGUGAAGCUCUGGUCGCUGUGGGCCGAGUGCUUUGGCCGGCGACACAGCAGCGGAAGCCGCCAGCGCGUGCGGCCGCCACACCUUGCCCAUUUGCGGCAGUAUGCGGCGACGCGCACGUACAAGCAGCUGGUGAAUGGCAUUGCCAAGCGUGCCAUAAACAGCUACCAGACCAUUGACCAGAGCAUUGUGGCGUUCCACCUGAACGAGGCGGCUACAGUGGGCGACGCAAAGAUUCAGCUGCAUGUGGUCUUUAGCAAUGGGGAUGUCUGCAUCUGCGAGUGGGAUGACAGGGACCAAGUGUUCAAGUCCUCCAAUACGCCCACCCUCAAGACCCAACAGCUGCGUGUGCGCUGCUUCGUUCAGGUGCUAAAUCGUUACUAUGUCAUGUGCACCGCCGACUGCACGCUCACCGUUUGGGAUCUGAACAACGGGUCGGGCGAUAAGCCAGAGCUUAGUGGGUAUGAUGUCCACAAUGAUCCACCGCUGGCCAUUGAAGCCUACAACGAACGCAGCCAGCACUCGACACUGCUGCUCAUCCACAGGUACAGCGUGUGGCGGUUGACCUUCGAGCCUGGCGACCAUCAACAGCCACUGGUGCGGCUGCAGUCAGAGCCUGUGCAGCUUCCGGACAUGAGUUUCAUUAACUGCGCCAAGGGAUCGGCGGAUGGCCGCUAUCUGAUCCUUGGCACAUCCGUGGGCCUCAUUGUGUACGACAUCAAGCUGUCGGAUCCCGUGCUGCGCAGCAAUGUCAGCGAACACAUCGACUGCGUGGACAUCUACGAGCUGUGCGAUCCCAUUUACAAGUACAUUGUGCUGUGUGGUGCCAAGGGGAAGCGCCUGCUGCACGUCCACACACUGCGCAAGGUGAGCAGCAUGGAAUCAGGCAUUACGUGGGUCCACAACGUGGACGAGACCAGGGGCAUGACACGAGCCUGCCUCGAGCCUAAUGUCUAUCUGCGCUCGCUCCUAGACAUGACCAGCAGGCGGUCGCAACUGCUGGCCGUCGACUCCAAGGAGCGCAUCCAUCAGAUUGAGACCACCGCAGAUCCCAGUGCUCGCCGCAGGUCCAGCAUUUCGUCCUGGUCCACGAUUACACCCACGCAUGCGGCGAGCAAAACGAGCAUAUCCGCAAUAUCCGCCCACGAUGAUGAUCACAUCUAUGUCGGCUACAUGGAUGGGGUAAUCAUCGAUGUGAACCGCGAUGUGGUGCUGAAGCAACAGUUUAUCACAGAGCCCAUCGACUACCUCAAGCAGAUCAAUGCCCAGCUGCUGGUGGCAUCGGCGCGUGUGCCACGCAAAACUGUGAUAUUCAGGCUGCAGCCAGAGCAGCCAGUGGCUGGCAAUGGCACGCCAGUGGAUUGGCCAAUUCAGCUGGAGCUAUACACCAAGUAUUCCUGUCUUUUGGGUGGCAAGUUCUUGCUGCUGUUCUCCGAUCACGGUGUCUUUCAAUUGGAUAUCUCUAACCCUCUUGCACUCAUCAAACUGGAUGACGCUGACGAACCACUUGUUGGCUUUGAUAUAAAGAACGGUCUGCUCUUUCUGGCCUACGGAAACAACACCAUUGAAGUUUCCCGCUUUAUCUACACCGACACAAGGCUGCUAAAGGAUGUCCUCUGCAGCACACGCAUCACAGAGGAGGCAAAAAUUAGUUAUCUAAUAGCCACAGAUGACGCUUGCCUGUUUGCGCUGGGCUUCGAGAGUGGCCUUAUCGAACUCUACUCGCUGGCAGGAACUGCCAUUCAGCUGGUCUACAGCAUGAGGGAAGUGCACGAGUAUUGCAUCCGGCAGCUGCGUUUCUCGCCCUGCAAGCUGCUGCUCGUUAGCUGUGCGGAGCAGCUGUGCUUCUGGAAUGUCACGCACAUGCGGAACAACCAGGUUGAGUCGCAGCUGGCCAUACGACGCAGCCGACGCCACAAGCUGUACAGCGUUGAGCAGGAGGAUGCUGUCGACGCGGCACCCAUUGUCUCUGACAUGUCAGAGCCGCCACCGCCACAAUUUGUAGCCGCCUAUACGCGGCAGCCCAUGCGCGACACCCAGCCGGAAGCAGAACUGUGGCGGAACAAGCGUGGCAAUGCCAUUCGGCCGGAGCUGCUGGCCUGCAUCAAGUUUGUGGGGAACACGGCCUGUCAGUUCUUCACCGACGCCAAGUUCUCGCAGUUCUAUGCAAUAGACGACGAGGGCGUCUACUACCACUUGCAGCUGCUGGAGGCAAAGCACCCGCGCAGUGGAUCGCCCUCGGACUUAGAGAGGGCUGAGAGGCUUUCAAGCGAGAUGUUCAGUGACCUGCAGUAUGCGAAUCUGGAGGACAUUCGAAUAAUUGAACCCACAUUGACAAUUGCGGAUGGCAUCGAUGACGUGGGUGCCGAUGUCGUUGGGGACUUGCAGGCAGACGCGCCGCUGGCUGUCGAAGAAUGCAGCUCAUGACGCCAAUCGUGCGCCACUUCCCGGCGCACGGAUGAGGGCAAUGGACACUUCCAUUAUGCAUUUAUAGGAUUAAUUCUCUCUUACUUAGUCGCAAUGGUAUUCUACUGCCUCAAGCACGAUGUGUCAUAGUCUCUCUGCAUGUACAUGCACUAAAAUGUAUUGCUGGGGAACGGAACGGAACGGGAAUUUUGAAAGGGCUUCUCAGGGGGACGAUGCCCUACUAUUGUGUCUGGCCAAACGACCCGCGCCCCAACGUCUGCGUCACACAAAAAUACAAAUUGUACGAUACACACGA